CUCCACAGUGAUUGGUCGACGGGAAAGUAUGGCGCUGUCCGCGUAAUUGUGAAAACAUGAUGAAGAAAAGCUUUGAUUAAGUGUGUGGCAGGACAAAGCAGAGUGUGUUAGACACUCUCACAUAUCACCACGAACUGUUCACAUUUACCAGCCCACACCAUGCCCGCCUUUCGUCAAGUGGGAGAAAAGCAACUUCCUAACCCUGUACUAUGUAUGGCAUGGUCUCCCAAACGGGAUCUGAUUGCUCUGGCCAACACAACUGGGGAGUUGCUACUGCAUCGCUUGGCGAGCUUCCAGCGUGUUUGGAGCUUACCACCCAGUGAGUAUACUGGGAAAGAGAUCACUGCACUUGCAUGGAGACCUGAUGGCAAAAUAUUGGCCUUCAGCCUUGGAGACACCAAGCAGGUGGUCCUGUGUGGUGUUGAGAAAGCAGAGAUCCUCCAUGUGUUUCCAAUGCAGAAACCUGUGACCUGCAUGCACUGGAUGGAGGUGACAGAGGAAAGCAGUGUCCUUAGCUCCUUUUACAAUUCAGAAGAUGAAUCUAAACUUUUUCUACCCAAAUUACCAACACUCCCCAAGAGCUACAGCACAACAUCAAAGAUCUUCAGCGAGGAAAAGUCUGAUGAGAUAAUGAAUCUCCUGGGAGAAGUCAGGCUGAACGUACUUGUUCUCGGGGGAGAUGAUGGCUUUGUGGAGCUCUAUGCCUACGGGAUGUACAAGAUUGCCACUUUAACAGGAGUGUCAGGAACGUGUCGCAGCCUGAGUCUGUCCAGUGAUCUCAAGUCUCUCUCCAUCAUCACAGAGGUCAGGUCUGUCGACAACAACCCGCAGAUCUGCUACAUUCAGCUGGACACUGGCUUGUUGUCCAACUGUCUGCCUGAAGUCACCAGGAUGGCGCGCAAGUUCACCCACAUCUCUACCCUGCUCCAGUACCUGCAUCUCUCACUUACAUGUAUGUGUGAAGCCUGGGAGGACAUCCUAAUGCAGAUGGAUCUUCGACUCACUAAGUUUGUUCAGGAAAAGAACACAAGCACUCAGGUUCAGGAUGAGUUUCUGGAGCUUUUGCUGUGGGGACAAUCAAGCCCAGAACUACAAGCUCUUCUCAUGAACCAGCUGACUGUCAAGGGCCUGAAGAAGCUCGGCCAGUCCAUUGAGUCCUCUUACUCCAGCAUCCAAAAGCUGGUGAUCAGCCACCUGCAGAGUGGCUCUGAGGCGCUGUUGUAUCACCUCAGUGAGGUGAAAGGCAUGUCCCUAUGGAAGCAGAAGUUCGAGCCCCUAGGUCUGGAUUCAGCAGCUAUAGAAGGUGCUAUCACAGCAGUGGGUUCCUUUUCUCUGAAAGCCAAUGAACUUCUGCAGGUGAUCGACAAGAGUAUGAAAAACUUCAAAGCCUUUUUUCGGUGGCUGUAUGUCGCUAUGCUAAGAAUGUGUGAGGAGCAUGUACCACCAGAGCUCAACAAGAUGACUCAGAAGGACAUAGCCUUUGUGGCUGACUUCUUGUCUGAGCAUUUCAGUGAGAAUGAAGAACUCUUUGAUCGCAAAGGAAAAUAUUUCAACGUGGAACGAGUUGGUCAGUACCUGAAGGAUGAAGAUGAGGACCUCGUGUCUCCUCCCAACACCAAGGGAAACCAGUGGCUGAAGUUUUUGCAGGAGAGUACGCACCUGAAGGAGAGCCCUCUGCUGUUCGCUUCAAAUCCACAAAAGUCUUUGCACUUUGUCAAGAGGAUGAUGGAAAAUGUGAUUGAGCAGUGUCUACAGAAACCUGCAGAGGUAAUUGGGAAAUCCAUAAAACAGGCUGACUUUUUGCCCCUGUACGCUGUGCCAGAGAGCUCUGAAAACACCCCGCGACUUUUUGAACUUCCAUCUUUGUGGAACGACAAGAAGUCCAAAAUGCAUUAUGCUGUGUUUUGCAUGCCAGAUAUUUCACCCCGCAAGCUCUACCUAUUACGGAAAGGGACAGAUCCAAACAGACAUAUUCCCAACAGUGUCAUGUCGAUUGACCUCAGCCACCAUCUUGACAACAGGGAUGAUGAUAAUGCCGCAGCCCAGUCCCAUUACGUUUACAACUGCCUAGAUGCUCGUUUCUAUGACGAUGAGAUGCUAACUGUGGUCUUGGAAGGAGCAGAAGAAGACAACAGUAGGCAUAUCCUGGCUCAAAUCCCUCUUGCUUCUACCCUGAGCUGUGAGACUGAAUUCAACUGGGAGCCAAACCUCAGGUUGGACCAGCAGAGCAGUGCCAUCCCGUGCCAGGUCCUGGUGUUGGGGAAUCAGUGGCGGGAACUGGAGAGCAUGAAGGCACAGUUUGUAGCUGUCAAUGGAAUCCGCAAAGUAGCCUGUGUGCUAAGUGCCAAUCUGAGGCACAUACGUGUAUUUGAGAUGGACGUAGAAGAUGAGGAUGAGGAGGGAGCUGACUCACAGAACGCCACUGCUGACCAGGAUGGCCUGGAAAGUAGCAUGACCAGCCAGGGACAGGGCGAGGAGAGCCUGGAGGCUGAAGGUAAAGCUGGAGAACAUGGAGAGGAUGGGUUUGAAAAAACCGAGGAGCAUCUGGAGUCAGAAGAAGCCCUGGAACUCUCUUAAGACUGAGACACUGAAGGAAGCUCCACAAACAAAGGACUUGGCUCCAUCUUUUGUUUUUCUUACGGAAGAUUUCUUUUUACAACACUCUGAAAAAUGUGUUUGUAUAUGAAAAUAAACUGGUUUAUGCUUA